AUGGCGUCUCCAUCCGCUCGCGCUGCGUCGUCCCCGGUCUCGGAUCUCCGCCACCAGCAGCAGGAGGCUCUGGGCAAGAUCUUGAGUCGUCGAUCCAUGCGAGUCUGGUCCUCCAAGUCGUCCCAGGAGCGGAGCAGUCUCGCCGAGAGUCUGCUGCAGCUCUUCUCGAGCGGAUCCUCGUCUUCUGCAGCUUCCAGCGCCGCUGAAAUUGCGCAAAGACCCAUCACACGUCGUCCAGGCGUGGAAGAGGUCAAGAACUGCGUUCUCUCGAGCGUGUACCCAUGUCUUCCGCCUCAAUGCGACCCUUUACGUGGCGAGAUCUGGCAAGUGCUAUUAAACGUGUACAAACGCAACCAGCACGGCUCUGCAGCACAGGAAUUCGACCGCAUGUUGCAAAGACUCGGGAAGCUUCCUAGAGACCCUUUACUCGUGGACGAAUGCGGCGAUGUGGCCGAGAUCCUGGAGCCUUCAGACCUCAAGAGUAGAGAGAGGGUGCAACAGGAACUGGAGGUGCUGCUCAUGUGGUUCUUGACCACAAAGAGUGUGGCGUAUUCCACGGGCAUGGCUCGAGUGGUAGCCCCAUUUUUCCUACUCAAAAUGCCGCUGCCCACGAUCUACGACUGCUUCUACCAAUAUUGUGCCCAUUUCCUGCCCCAUUUUGUGGUCGCCGACAGCUUAUUCGCCGACUCUCCAGGCUUGAGUGCCGCGGGUGGAGGACAGGGCAGUAACCGAGGCAGUAGCAGCAGUAUGGACGAGGCCUUUUCCGGCCAGAGAGGCGCGCUGGAGAGAUCGAGCUCCAUGGACUCGACCUCGUCCUUGGUCGAGGAGAGUAAACGUCGUGCGGAUGAAGAAGAAGCGCAGACGUUGCGACGAGAACGACAGCAAUUGGUGGAGCAGCUGCUGAGUUAUCAUGCGCCCCAGCUCGCUCACUUUUUGAACCAAUGGUGUGGCAACGAGUGGAGGUCGGCCGGCAAACUGUUCGCAGCGGACUUUUUGCUGGGUCAUUUGUACCAAGUGGUCCCUCCUGCGGCGUUUGUGUACGUCAUAGACCAAUAUUUGCUGACUGGAGACUCGCUGUUCGGACUAUUUUUUGUGAUUGCGGCACUAAUUCAACGUGAAGAAGAAUUUAGCGUCUGUGGAUCAACGGAGCAAGUGCAGGACCAAAUUCGAGCCACUUUCGACUUGAAGGCGUUUGCUGACGAAGAGAACGUCCGCUUCUUGUGUCUCUCGGCCUCUCGGCUACGUAGUAAGACCCCCAGGACGUACAAGUGCUCGCAACGUGAAGGCUCCGCGGACAUCCGAUGCUGCUCGCGUCAAGCGAUCGAGAUCGCCUAUGGCUCGGGAGCUGGGAUGGCCGCAAAGAAGGUACGAGCUAAGUCCAGUAACAACUUGAGUGGUCCACCUUCUGGAGGACUCAGUGCGCCGUCCAGUAACGACCGCAAGUCUACAGCUGAAGCAGCAGUGGAUAUGUCGCAAUGGGUCAUGAAAGAGUCACGCUCGAUUGCGGGAAAGAUCUUUUGGUAUCAUACACAGACGGGCAAGACGCAGUGGGAGCAUCCAGCGGAGAAACAUGACCCGCCUUCAGCGUAUUUCGCGCUACCUGUGAGUGUGGAAGAAGUAGGAGCGCAACUCAUGGGCGGCGAGAAGCCUGGAGACCAGCAAGGAACAGGGUCUGGCAGUCUCCGCUUCUUUGUGGUUGACUGUCGAGGUUUACGCAGCUCUGAGGACCUGAAGAGUGGCCGUAUUCCGGUGGCUUAUACGCUGGACCCGUCUGUGUUUGACUCGCCCGAAUUGAUUGCGAAGAGCAUGGAAGCGUUCAACCCGAUGAAGUCACAAGUUCACGUCGUGUUGGUGGGUCAUGGAGUCGGCAUUCCGCAUGAGCUAGUGACGUCAGAAGAUGUCAAGACGAGUAUUCGAGAUGCCGUCCGACUGGAUACCGACUGUCUCAACCAGGCCGCUCUGUUCUUUCAGAAACGAGGCUUCCGAUUCGUGAGUACACUGGACGGUGGAUACUCGUCCUGGCACGCGUUCAUGCGUGAUCGUGCGGGUUCUUCUCCUCAAGAACUACUGAAUCACGUGGCAGAGCAGUGUGUGUACUGUCGCUAUGACACCAUCCUGCGUACAGGUGAAGAUCCAUGUAAAAAGAAGACCAAGUCGAAGCCGCGACGGAAGAAAGCCAUGCCGACGAUGACGUCGAUGCCCGUGAACGGUGGCGAGGGAGACGCCAGCAUCGUCUCGACCAGUGAACUGAACCGAACUAGCAGCACCAGUAUCGGCAGUAACGGCAGCUCUUCUAGACGUCAGCUGUCACUUUCUCGCAACUCGAUCACGUCCAUGAGGAGUAAACUGUCGGAGGUUUCGAUCCCGAAGAAGUGGAAUUGGAGACGACGAUCUUCAGCUGCGAGUGCCAGUAACCAGAACGACAGUGGGUCGUCGUCUGAGACGGCGACAGUUGAAGACGGUGGCAGUGAUCACGGGUCCUCUACGGACGACCAGGAAGAGAAGAGCGACGAGGUGACACACGAGAUGCUUCGUGCUGCUCUUGAAGAGCCUGAGGAUCCCAAUGUGGAGGCAGCAGAUGCCAGGGAUUCCAAGUUUGUGGGCGUCUUCACGAUAGACUAUAGCGAGGACGAAGAUGAAGACAACAAGGAACCUGCAGCGGAGAAUAACGAGACUGAUAGCGCCGAAGUGUUGAAGAGCACUGAACACGAAGAGGCUCCUGCCAUCGGAGCUGUUGCUGGAGCUGAAACUGAACCUACAGUGUUGGCAUGA